AUGACAUCAACGUUCAGUAUGGUUGUAAUGUAUGUGGGUGUGUAAAUAAAAACGUGAUGGUCGAACACGAAGAUGUUUUUUAAUCCUAUUCAACGAUUGAGCUGAAAAACACAAUUUCUUCGAACCAAGUGAAGUCCUGCAGAGCUUGCCAUUUUUCAGAAGAGUUUGGGCAGACAUUGAAGGAAUACACCAAAUAGUAUUGUCAUUGAAAUGAGCAUCACAAGUGGACUGAGUCAUUCUAAAAGGUUAUUUCUGGGUGUUUUGGUCCUGCUCACCGUCGAUGCCAUUUGGGUUGCUUCCUCUGAGCUUACACGGUAUAUUUUCAAAGAUGAGGGUUAUGACAAACCUUUCUUCAGUACCUACUUAAAGACGUCAAUGUUCAUGCUGUAUCUGCUGGGAUUUAUAUUUUGGAGGCCAUGGAGAAAGAUGUGCUCAGAAUGCAUUGGAAAACCAAGUGCACAUCCAACGGACAUCCAAAGUAACCCUGAAAACAUUCAAGGAGACAAAGAAAGAUUACUGGGUGACCCACUCUAUGUUCCGGUAAAGUUUUGCGACAGCGAUAAAGAAAGUACAGACAGUAGACACAGCAGCAUCAGUGAGCCAUGUGAAUCUCCUGUGAAAAUUGGUCGAGUACGAUUCAGUAAUCUAAUGGAAGUACGACAAAUGUCUGAGUCCCAGGGUAAGGAGGCCAUGCUGUCCAGAAUGCCUUACCACGUCGCUCAGAGAAACAACCUCGUUACUCCACCCCCUGUAGGAGAGAAGCUACCUCUAUCCCAGGUGGCCAAGAUCAGUUUGUCCUUUUGUAUUGUGUGGUUUUUGGCAAACUUCUCAUAUCAAGAGGCUUUGGAUGACACUCAGAUGGCUGUGGUUAAUACGUUGUCUUCAACAUCAGGUGUUUUUACGAUGAUUCUUGCUGCAUUAUAUCCUAGUUCUUCAGGAGACAAGUUUACACUUACUAAGUUUGUCAGCGUUCUUAUCAGUGUUAGUGGUAUUGCUAUGGUGAGUUUCUCUAAAACCAAUCAGGACCAAGAGACAUUAAAGGUGGGGUCACUUUGGGCGUUAGCUGGAGCCUUACUCUAUGCCAUCUAUUUGGUUAUGCUCAAACGCAGAGUGGACAAUGAGGACUCGCUGGAUCUUCCAAUGUUUUUUGGUUUUGUGGGUCUGUUUAACUUUGUCCUGAUCUGGCCUGGAUUGAUUAUUCUACACGUUGCAAACUGGGAAACAUUAGAAAUGCCAUCAGUUAAAGUCUGGUUGUAUUUAGCACUCAAUGGAAUCGUUGGAACUGUCAUCUCAGAGUUUCUCUGGCUUUGGGGUUGUUUCUUAACGUCAUCCCUCAUCGCAACGCUCGCUCUUAGCCUCACCCUUCCUAUCUCAAUAUUCCUGGACAUGUACCUCAGUGGAGUGUCCUUUUCACUUCUGUUUUUCGUCGGAGCUGUUCCUAUUUUUGUAUCUUUCUUUGCCGUCUCGAUACUGAAUCAGUAUAAUGACUGGGAUCCCCUUUGGGUUGGAAUAAGACGCCUUUACAGUCUCCUUAAACCCUACAUCUGCUGUUGGUGUAAUCGUAGACGGAAACUUCUCAUGAGACUGGCGGAAGACAAGGAGCAGUCAGUCAGUCUCAUUCCAGAUGGAGUCAAAGCGGAAGAGACGGAGCACAUCAGCGAUUCAGAGAACCAUUAUUAGAACGGCUAUUUUAGUUAACCUUGACUCCUAGAAUGUGUAUGAGAGAAAAGUGUACAAGGAUGAGAAUGAAUUUACCACCAGAUUAUCUUUUUCAUGGAUGAAGUUGAGUUUUGAAUUGUGUAAAUAUUAAUGAUUAGAAUGAAAUGAAAAUAUGUAAUAUAUGAUCUGUGUAGUUUAACUCUAAUAUGAGCUUACGCUUGACAGCAAGAGGGUAGGGUGUUUAAGUUUUUCAGAGAUAAACAAUAUAAUACUGAACAAUUAUUUUGUAGCAAAAAAAAAUCAUAUAGCAAAUUUAAAAGUCACCAAUCUUACUAUCGGUUUUCCAGUUAAUUUCAUCAAAACCCGUUCAAUUUAACACCUGGCUCAUUCCAUGUGCCCAUGGCAUCAGCAUUCAUCAGUUUAAAGUAAUUUAAUUACAAAUUUACCCAGUCAGUUUCCCUUGUGGUUUAUAUUGAUAUCUGAAACAAAAAGUCGCAUCCCCUUAAGG